GUUUUAUAAGAGGAGACCUUGCUGAGUCACUAGUGUCUCAUGGUGCUGGUAAUAUAGUGAACACUCCGUCCAAGAUCAGGGUUAAGCUGGCAGAUGGUACGGAGCGUUAUAUGGACAAAGCAUGGAAGUGCUUUGUAAAGCAGAUUUCUAAACAGGGAAAUACUGUCUGGAAACUGCUAACGUUUAUCCUCAUGAAUGGUAUUGGUAAACCUGGUAUCAUCAUAGGGAGGAACCAGUUUAAGAUUCUUGGGUUCACUGUUACACGAUCGAUACUGUGUAACGAUGACCAACACUGUGUAGUAGAUGACGAGCAAGCUGAAGACAUGUCUACACUGGAUGAAGAUCUAUCUGUGUGUUGUCAACAUGCUCAUAUUGCUCCCGAGAAGACGGUCAAAAUGGAGAGUAAGACUGAGUAG